AUGAAGAAAGAGCUGCAGACUUGGGGUUUUUGGAGGGCUACCCUUGCUGAACUAGUAGGGACAACCAUGCUUGUCUUUUGUGGUGUUUCUGCAGCAAUUGGAAAUGGGAACAGUAGUUACCCAGACCAAGAAGUAAAGGUAGCAUUAACAUUUGGACUAGCAAUUGUUAUCUUGGCUCAGAGUUUAGGCCACAUAAGUGGAGCCCACCUGAACCCAGCUGUCACACUUGCUAUGUUGGUUAGUUGUCAGAUUGGCAUGUGCAGAGCAUUGUGGUACAUCGUAGCUCAAGUGACUGGGGCUGUGAUUGCUAGUGACUUUGUUCUGGGAGUGAGACCAUUAAUGGUAGAUUCACUUGGGCUGAAUAAGCUGAAAGGUGUCAGCCCAGGACAAGGCUUUGGAAUUGAGUUUCUCCUCACACUCCAGCUGGUGCUGUGUGUCCUAGCAACAAUGGAUAAAAGGCAGGACAAGAUUGUAGGUUCUGCUCCAUUUGUAUGUGGGCUCUCUGUGGUUCUGGCUCACCUUGUAGGGAUCAGUUACACUGGAUGUGGCAUCAACCCUGCUCGAUCUUUUGGCCCAGCUCUGGUCUCUGUGGAGUUUGAACACCACUGGGUGUUCUGGGCAGGACCACUGUGUGGUGGUGGUGUAGCUGCACUCCUCUAUGACUUUGUCCUGUUUCCUAGAGGGUCUGACUUCGUUGGCCGCUUCAAGGUUUUGUGUUAUGGUACUGAGCCUUUGAAUACAGAGGCUGAACCCCUGCUUGAGGAUGGUGCUCCUGUAGCUCAGUCAGAAAAAUCAUAA